GCCGCGGCGGGGCAGGGCGGGGACUGCCUGCCCGCCUGCGGAAGUGGUAGCGGCUGACCGAGCCUGCUGCUUUCUCGCUACUGCUUCGGCUUCCCGGCUACCCCCCGGACGGAGAGAGCGGCCCGGCUGUGGAUGGUGAGAUAGCUCCUAUCUCCUGCCGCCAAUCCCUGGCCACAACCGGUACGGAGCAGACGGCGGCAGCGGCAGCAGCAGGAGAGGAGGAAGAUGGCGGGACGGCUGCCGGCCUGUGUGGUGGACUGUGGCACCGGAUAUACAAAACUAGGAUAUGCUGGAAAUACAGAACCACAGUUUAUCAUCCCUUCCUGUAUUGCUAUAAAGGAGUCAGCAAAAGUGGGUGAUCAAGCUCAAAGAAGGGUAAUGAAAGGUGUUGAUGACCUAGACUUCUUCAUUGGUGAUGAAGCAAUAGAAAAACCUACAUAUGCAACAAAGUGGCCAAUCCGCCAUGGUAUAGUUGAAGAUUGGGAUUUGAUGGAAAGGUUUAUGGAACAAGUGAUCUUUAAAUAUUUAAGGGCAGAACCUGAAGACCAUUAUUUUCUUUUGACUGAACCUCCACUGAAUACUCCAGAAAACAGGGAAUAUACUGCUGAAAUAAUGUUUGAGUCCUUCAAUGUUCCAGGCUUGUACAUUGCUGUGCAGGCUGUUCUUGCCUUAGCUGCUUCCUGGACCUCAAGACAAGUAGGAGAACGAACGUUGACCGGUACGGUAAUAGACAGUGGAGAUGGUGUCACUCAUGUCAUUCCUGUGGUAAAGCAAUCCUUGGAAACUGCUAAGGCAGUAAAGGAGCGCUAUAGUUAUGUCUGCCCAGAUUUAGUAAAAGAAUUUAACAAGUAUGACACAGAUGGAUCAAAGUGGAUUAAACAGUAUACUGGAAUCAAUGCUAUCUCAAAGAAAGAAUUUUCCAUUGAUGUUGGUUAUGAGAGAUUCUUGGGACCUGAAAUCUUUUUUCAUCCAGAGUUUGCUAACCCAGACUUUACUCAGCCUAUCUCAGAAGUUGUAGAUGAAGUAAUUCAGAAUUGUCCUAUUGAUGUCAGACGUCCUCUCUACAAGAACAUUGUCCUCUCUGGAGGGUCAACCAUGUUCAGGGACUUCGGACGUCGCUUGCAACGAGAUUUGAAAAGAACUGUAGAUGCCAGGCUGAAAUUAAGUGAGGAACUGAGUGGUGGGAGAUUGAAGCCAAAACCUAUCGAUGUACAAGUCAUUACACACCACAUGCAGCGAUACGCAGUUUGGUUUGGAGGAUCGAUGCUGGCUUCCACGCCUGAGUUCUACCAAGUAUGCCACACCAAAAAGGAUUAUGAAGAAAUUGGACCUAGCAUUUGUCGUCACAAUCCAGUGUUUGGAGUCAUGUCGUAAAAUUGACUUCAUAGUUAUUGGGGUUAGGGAGGUGGGGAAGAAAUAAUCUUUCUGAUUACCUGUUUUGUCUGGAUGGCUGGUUUUAAGGUUUUAAACCUGACUUGAAAUAAUAAGACCAAACACAAUUAUACAGGAAUAUUUUAAUAAGUAUAUCAACAUGCGAAUGUAGAGGAGAGCCAAAAUGAUUGUUUUCUUUAGAUUGAAUAUUUGAAUCUUAUGUGUAUCAAAAAAGUGGGUUUUAGUUCUUUCUGUGCCCUGAUAUUUUGUAUAUUAUUGAAUUAUCCGAGAUUUGAUGGGAUUUAUCAGUAUGUAGAUAGCUCUAUAAUGCUUGAAUUGUACACUUUUAAGUGUGCAGUGCAAGAGCUUGUUUAUAUUUCAUACUUUUUAUACUUUGAGGAAAAAAGUCAAAGAAAAACUAGUAUUUGAGUACAAAAAAAGUGACCAAGUAAAGGGUAAAUUAAAAAAGUAGCCUCAUGAGACUUGAUGUACACACAUGCUCAUGGGAUUCCAGUUAUUACAAGUUGCUUCCAUUCCCCUGUGCCGCCACAAUGGUUUUCUUUGCAAGUGCUUUGGAACUAAGAAGCUAGUAUCCUGGAUUAACUGAUGCCUGCUAGUGCUUUCUGAUUACUGCAUUCUGUUUGUUGAUUUAAAGGAAAAGUAAAGACAAGAAUGUUGGACCAGUGUUGCAGUUCUGUAGUGUCAUUUCUUAUUAAAAAAUGAAUAAUUUGAUUACCAGAAUUGGUAUAUUUAAAGCCUGAUGCCAUUCUAAUAAAGGCACAAAUUUCUUUUUAAUACGUGUUUCAAGCUCUUUAAUCUCUUUAUAAGUUAACCAAUAAAUCUAUUUUCUUCAAAUAUCUGCAAUAGUACUUUAAAAUCACAACAGUUGAUUAGCAAGCUGACUUUUUUAUGUGCUCUAAACAAAUAAUUGUGAACUUUUAAUAUGUUGAGUGCUUUCAUUUUGAUAACUGGAUCUCCAUUUGAUAUUUUCAUUUGUAUAACUCAUUUGCAGUCUGAAAAUUUUUUAGUGCCAGUCCCUGACAUAUCAUGGAAAGUUACUUUUCUUUGCAUUUUAAAAUACCUGGAUCAUGAAGAAAAAGUGAUGAAAAUAAAUUAAAACUGAAUUACC